GUCGCUUAUACCGUAACACAACCCUCACCGGGUGUGUUGAUAGUGUGUGUGUGUGUGUGUGUGUGUGUGUGUGUGUGUGUGUGUGUCCGUUUCCGACAUGAACACAGGCGAGUGGAGCUACACGUGAAUCCACUUCCGGUUUAAUGUCGUGUCCUCGCGAGGGGAAACGCUUUACAUCUGACUCAAAGAAACUUCUCUCUGUAUGGGCCGGAAGUCCUCGCGAGUCUCCGUCUCGAGUAGUUUUCGUCGUUAUUUGACAUAUUAUUUCCGGAAGCUGUUGAACUUCGUUGCUAUGCGGCGACUUCUCACGAGACUCGUGAGCCGGGUCCUGCUGAGCGCCCCGUGGGGUCCGGCGGCGGCCAUCGAGACCCAGAUACACACGGAGGGCCGGCGGAAGCUGGUGGUGGGGCUGGGGAACCCGGGGAUGGAGGGUACCCGGCACAGCGUCGGUAUGGCGGUGCUCGCCGCGCUUGCCGCCCGCCUCGGCGUGGGCGACCGUUGGCGCGGCGACAAGCAAGUGUCCGGCGAGGUCAUCGUGUCGGAGAUGCAGCGGACACACGUGGUGUUGCUCCGCCCCCGGCUGCUCAUGAAUGUCAACGGCGUGUCGGUGGCCAAAGCCGCCGGUAAAUUUGGCAUCAAGCCCGAAGAUAUCCUGCUGGUCCACGACGAGCUAGACAAGCCCCUGGGCAAAGUGGUGCUGAAGCACGGAGGCAGCGCCAGAGGUCACAAUGGAGUCCGCUCCUGUGUCGACUGCCUUCAGACGGAUGUGAUGCCCCGGCUCCGGGUCGGGAUCGGCCGCCCGGGCCCCGGAGCCCCCGUUCAGGCUCACGUUCUGGGCCACUUCUCCUCCUCCGAGAAGAAGGUUCUGGACUCGGUUCUGGUCCAGAGCGUAGACCUGCUGCUGGCCCAGCUCUCCCAGGAGGAACCCCACCCCCCCUCCUCACCAGCAGGGGGCGCCGGGAAGAAGACGUGACCCUUCAGAGACUAUCGAUCCUCUGCCGAUCACAAUGAUGGAUCGGCAGUUAUUCAUAUUAUUUAUGUCUUUCAGUGAAGCGGCUGUGAUAUUGAUCAUUGGGGGAUAUUGAUAUUUACAUUUAUAUUGAUGUUGAUAUUGAUAUUAAUAUUGAUCGUUUCUCUAUUGAGGAAAUCUAACCAGAUGAUAUUUUUGAACUGUUUCCUGAUGAUGCCGACGUACAUUUCAAUACAUUUAUUCUGACUGAAUUAAUAAAUGUAAAGUGUAAAUGUUUUGUUUCCCAUUUCUUAUAUUUUAUUAAAUUCACCAUUAAAAUGAGUCAGCUUUAAUAAAGAUGAUGAAAUACU